CAAAGUCAUUGUCCGUUCUCCAGUCGAGGCUGUCUAAAAAGCCGCCGUCGCGUUUCUGUUCUUCUCUCAUUGUUCUUCAAGAAGACUCGACACUAAUUUAAAUGCGGACGUUUACUAAUAUCUAUCAAUUUGUGCUACUCUUAUCUUUAUUGUGCAUCCUUCAAUGUUGCCGAUGUCUUCUUACCGAUUUCAAAAGUGCUACAGAUCCGGCGAUAGUGGGGAACCGGGAAUGGCAGACGCAUCCUCAGCAUCAGAACCUGUUCCAAUUCCCGGAAAACAUUUCCCAUCCGUACUUUCGCGACAAACGGUUUAUCAAUCUAGGUCCCGGAACUUUAAGUAAACAGAAAUCAUAUCAAGCUUGCGUCGCACCGGGCAAUCAAAGCGGUCACUGCAAACAUUUUAGCGGAUGUGAGCUUGAGGAAUUCCGCUUGAACUUUGCACGAUUUAUGGAUUAUAUGUGCAUAAUUGAACAGACGUACAUCGGUGUAUGUUGCCCGGAUAGUGUCGUGACAGCCCGGUCGGAUAAAACGUUCCAAGAUGAUCUAGCCAGCGUGUUACCAGCGAUAGCAAAUCUCGACGACGACAAGGAAGAGUGGGAUGAAAAUGAGGACGAGAAUGGACCAUCUGCCGACGACAAGGACGCAAUUUCGCGGAAAAACGCGACUUCGGACGAUAUUAAAGCAGCGACGAGAAAACCACGAAGACCCAGAGGUUGCGGCACGACCACGAAAAUGAAGAUCAGAAUAGCGGGUGGUCAGCCGGCUGAUCCUAAAGAGUGGCCGUGGAUGGCGGCUCUUCUCCGACAAGGCGCGAUUCAAUAUUGCGGAGGUGUACUGAUCACCGAUAGACAUGUUCUUACCGCGGCGCACUGUGUUUACAGGUACAAACCGCGUGACAUCACGGUGAGACUCGGCGAGUACGAUUUCAGUCAGCCCGAGGAGACGCGUGCGUUGGAUUUCACGGUUUCGGAGAUACGAAUACACAGGGAUUUCAAGUUAUCCACUUACGACAACGACAUCGCAAUUAUUAAGAUCAAUCGACCCACCGCGUUUAACAGCUACAUCUGGCCCAUCUGUCUUCCUCCCAUUCAACAAUCGUUCGAGAAUAAAAAUGCCAUCGUCACAGGGUGGGGCACGCAAUAUUACGGAGGACCUGCCAGUACAGUGUUAAUGGAAGUCGCAAUACCGGUAUGGCCUCAGGAAAGAUGCGUCCGCAGCUUCACGCAGCAUAUCUCGAACACUACCCUGUGCGCCGGCGCUUAUGAGGGUGGUCGUGACGCCUGUCAAGGUGACUCCGGCGGCCCGUUGCUACAUCAACUCGGCAACGGCAGGUGGGUCAACAUCGGGAUAGUGUCCUGGGGAAUCCGUUGCGGCGAACCUGGAUUCCCGGGGAUAUACACCCGCGUGAGCUCUUACCUCGAUUGGAUAUUCGCGAAUACCGUAUUUUGAAUGUCACGUGAAUGUCACCAGCUCUCUCUCCCCUGUCAUCCGCUGCUCUCGCGUGUGAACCAAAGAUUUUUUUUACCUUUACACAUACAUACAUAUCUAAAGAUUUUUAUCGCGCAUUUUUAUGUACGACGUGUCCAAUAAAAACUGUCUAAUGAAA